UGUGUGGCAGAGCCUCGGAAAUCGGUACCCAAAAGUGCUCGGAGCCAAUGAGAGCGCGCGGCGCUGCUGAGCCCGCGCUGCUCCGGACUGGUGCUCCCAGCGCAGCGCGGCCGCUUUGGGGCUGGCGGCCCCUGCCCGGCGCUGGCCAUGGGGCGAGUGGCGGCAGCUGGGGCCGUACUGGUAGCACUGGUGGUGCUGGGAGCCCCCCGGCUGCCGAGUGUCACUUCAUUAACGGCACGGAGAAGGUGAGGUUCGCGAUGAUCUACAACCGGGAGCAGUACGCACUCUUCGACAGCGACGUGGGGCUGUACGUGGGGGACACCCCCGAUGGGGAAAAGGUGGCCCGGUACUGGAACAGCGACCCGGCUAGACUGGAGAACAAACGAACUGAGGUGGACUGGUACUGCCGACACAACUACGAGUGUCUUAUCGCGUUCAUCAUGGAGCCCCGAGUGUCCCCAAACUCUCCCAGUGCCCAUCCCACUGUGUCCAUCUCACUGGUGCCCUCGAGCUCCCAGCCCGGCCCCGGCCACCUGCUCUGCUCUGUGAUGGAUUUCUAGCCUGACCACAUCCAGCUGAGGUGGUUCCAGGGCCAGCAGG